UUGCAGGAUGCUAACGACUGCUUGCUGAGAAGUCAGUUUUUUUCUCGGGCUUCCAGCCCGAAAGCGCUCGUCUGUCCAGCGUGUUUGCCAACGCGAUGCAGCAACCCGCCGCCGAUGGCAUACUUUCUCGUUGAUAGCCCCUUGUUUUUGGCCGCCAGUCACAACAAAGCCUCCAUUGGACGUGCUGUUGAAGACGUCCACCAGGACGUGAUGUCGACCGCCGACUGGAUAUCGCUGUACAAGAACGAGCGUUUGUUGAGUUUGGUCGACGCCUCGUACAUGAUUGAUUCAGCUGAAAAAUCUAAGCUGCGUUUCUAUGCCUUACAGAGCCUACGUUUACGGCAGCAGGAAGCUGGAAGUCAGCGGCAAGAAUCUUUGUCUAGCGGCCAGGAUAUGGCCUCGUUAGAGAAAAGCUUGAUCCUUGGAUCAGAGAUUUUCGAUAACGACUUUGUCGUAAGAAGCCGACGGUUGAUCGCUGAUAAUCCUAUUCCUGAAGUCGUCCCAGAACCGCCAAUGCACAUGGUGUUGUCGGCCAUAUCGUCCACGCGACUUCCGUUGUCCUCUGAGGACUGCGUCCGUUGGCUGAAGAAGGUGAACAUCGAGCAGGCGACGUCUACCUGGCUUUCCAUCUCUGCUAAAGGAAUCAAUAUUCGAGAUUAUAUAAAUUUUGACGUGUCUGAGCCAAAGACUGUUCAAGAGCCCGUCUGUGAGCUCGACUCUUACGGCUUUAUGUGGACGAUGGAUCAUUUGCAAGGUUACGUCAUGCGUGAUGAUAACUCAUUGUACAAGGCUGAACGGGGUCUUUUGCAGCUUUUUCAAAACUUCAGCGGCAAAUUCGAUGAUUCAGUGGACGGAAUCGCGAGCAAAAUAUCUCUGGCUAUGGAGGCAUCGAAAAACGAUUACAAUAAGACGUGGAUUCUGGCAACGGCGGCUGCCCUGUAUUGGCGCGUGGUAGGAAAUUCGUCGAUGGCCAUUCAGUGUUUGCGCCAUUCCAUACUCCAUGCACCAUAUAACAUGAAGGUGACGUCUCAGUGUCGUUUGGAUCUGGGUCUGAUCAGUUUGGCAAACGUCUACCAUCAGAACGGCUGGCUGCAUUCAGCGUUGAUUGCGGCAGGCGCCGCCAUGCGAAUUUCACCAAAAUUUGUUGUCGUUCAUUUCACACUUGCUAAUAUCUACGCAGCCCUGGUCAGCAUUCAAAUUGAGACUCGCCUUGGUAAUUUCGACCGGGCAGUGGGUUUCUAUUUUUCGACUCUGGAGCUCCAAGGCAGCUUUGAACCGGCAAAGGAACGCAUUCGCGCAUUGUUUUGUACAGUGGGAAGCGAGGCCGCUAGUUGA